UUUGACCAAUGAAUUCAGGUCCCAAAGCAUCGAAACCGAGCAAGCCCACUUCCCGAUCCCCGUCGUCACCAUGUCAUCGUCGGCGGCGAGUGGCGUCGCCUUUGGCUUCCUCGCGUACAUGCUCUGGGGCUUCCAACCCGCGUACUGGAAGCUGCUGGAAGACAUGGACUCGUACCAGCUGGCCAUGCACCGCGUCGUCUGGUCCGGGCCCAUCGUGCUGCUCGUGCUCGCGGUCCGUCGGGACUUGCCCGCGUUUGCUGCCGUGCUGCGCCAGAAAGCCAUGUACCAGACGUAUGCCGUGACGGCGCUCUUGCUCAGCGCCAAUUUUUUCCUCUCGCUAUGGGCUGUGAACGUGGGCUACGUUCUUCAAAUGAGUCUCGGCUUCUUCAUCAACCCUCUCGUGACCGUGCUCCUCGGCGUCGUCUUUCUCCACGAGAGCUUGGCACAAGUGCAGUGGUGCGCCAUCGGGCUCGCAGCCAUCGGCGUCGUCGUCGUCACGGUCGGCGAAGGCGAGUUCCCGUCCGUCGCCCUCUCGAUUGCGUUUGUCAAUGGUGUCUUCGUGCUCCUUCGAAAACUCGCGCCCCUCAACGGCCUUCUUGCCACCGCCAUGGAGAUCUCAAUGAUGACGGUGCCUGCGGCCAUGUACCUGGUUUGGUGCGAGGUCCAGGGCACGGGUGUUUUUGGCCACGUGAGCUUUGGCUCGGAGCUACUCAUCGUCGGCUGCGGCGCGUGGUCUGUCGUGCCGCUUUUGCUGCUGAGCCUCUCAAUCGACCGCAUUCCGCUCGUGAUCCUCGGCGUGUUGCAGUUCAUCGGACCGACGCUCAAUACGCUCCUCGGCCUCUUUGCCUUUGGCGAGGUGCCAUCGCAGAGCCUUGUCAUUGGGUUCACGUGCGUCGUCUUGGCGCUGAUCGUGUUUACGUAUACAAGUCUCUCGCCGCCCACGAAAGGCGAUGAGAAGGCGCCGUUGCUGCCGCAAAAGGCCGUGUCGUAAUAGAGUAUUCUGCUGUUGCA